CAAUGGGAUUAAUGCAAUGAAAUGUUUUUCAUUUUCAAAAAGAAUGCCCAGCUUAGAGGGAAUGGAAUCCUGAACAGGAGCACAUAUUUUAGGAGGGAGGAUACACUACAACAUUUGGUUGCAGGCACCACUUGUUGGAUUCUAUUUAUAAGUAUAUUCACAAGCUGCUUCUCUUAGCUUGGGACCACAAUACCUGAAAGACUGUCUUACCCCUUAUAUACCCAGUCAAUUUCUACCCUUUGCAGGUGAGGGCCUCCUGCAGAUACCAUCUUGUCAGGAGGUCUGUUCUGCACAACAUAGGAAAUGGACCUUUAGUGUGGCGGCACCUUUUAAACUAAAUUUAAAAUAAUUUGUUUUCAUGAGACAUGGCUAUUGGAGAGUUUCCCCCAGGUUCAUGGCUAUAGAUCCUUUUUCUAUCCUGCCACCAAGAAAUACAAUUUCGGACGAGGCAUGGGUGGGCUAGCUACUUUGUGAUCUCUGUUGACAUCAGAGUUUCUAUAUCAGUAUUACCUGGCUCCUAUUGUAGAGAUGCCUUUCUUCCAGUCCUGAUAGAACUUCCCAAUAGGACAAUUUUAGUCUGUCUUAAUACAUAUUUUCCUCCCUCCAAUUUACCUAACUCUUUAGAUCUGUGGGCUCAGUUUGGUAAUCUCUUGAGCUUCAUUAGCUUCAGUCACCCUACAGCAAGCCUUCUUAUCGUGGGUGAUCUGAAUGCUAGGAUUGGGAAUGCUUCUAUUAAGUUUCCAUUACCAGGACAGAUGGAUUGGGAAGAUUUUUUUCCCUUUGGGACAUCUCUGUAGGGAUAGGCAUCUCAAUCAUCGUGGGAAGCAUCUACUUAAGCUUAUUUUAAAUCAUAAUCUUGUUAUAAUUAAUGGCAGUUUUGGGGACAAAUAUAGAGGCAGUUUUACUUAUGUCAGUAACUUGGGGGCAAGCACUAUUGAUUAUUUUAUUGUUAGCCCUUCUUUCCUUGACUCUAUAAAAGAAAUGGAUAUUCUAGACCGCACAGAAAGUAACCAUGGUCCCCUUAUACUUUCGUUAGAUUUUAACAUUGCUGGUCUUCAGUCAGCUACCCAUCAUAAUUGGAAUGGAAAAGUUCUGGGGUCUAGAAGACUGAGAUGGUCUCAGUGUCUCUCUCAGUCUUUGACUAAUCUUUUGACAGCCAAAGAGCUAUCAUUUUGUUCUUAUUGCCUCUUGGGAGAAUACACUCCCUUAAGUAUGUAUCAACAGAUUGCAGACUACCUAAAACCUUUUUUAACUUUAUCUUGCAUGUCAUACCAGAAUUUCAAAUCAUUCUCCUCAUGGUUUGAUAAGGACUGUCAGAGUGUUAAGAGAACUUUGUCUAAACUCUCCACGCGACACCUAAAAUUGAAAACAGAAGUAGCUACCCAACAACUUAUUGAAUUUAGAUAAUUUUACAAACAACUCAUACGUUCAAAAAGCAUGAACACAAUGGGAGGCCUUGGGCCAAGCUGCUAUAGAAAACAACAAGCGUAAAUUCUGGGAUGUUGUUGCACAUGGCCUGGAUGAAGCAAGAGGGAUUACUGAGGCUCAGAUUCCAGUCAAUGACUGGACCAAAUAUUUUACUAAAUUAUAUAACUCUUUAUCAGUUUCUUCCCCUUUUGUAGAUCAUAGAAGUCUACCUGAUUGGGACCCAGUAACACCUUAUACAGUUAAAUCCCUGAUUGAUUUGAUUAAGUUCAAUAAGGCCCUGUGUGAAGAUUUUUUACCACCAAAACUUUUAAAAUCAUUUCCUAACUGGUGGGCCCCUGUGCUUGCUAAAUUGUUUACUGAGAUUAAUCUGACUGGUCUAAUUCCUCCUGGUUGGAAACUAUCUAUAGUUUAUUCUAUUUUCAAAAAGGGUAACCCUUCUCUUCCCCAGAAUUACAGACCGAUUAGUCUGCUGGAUAUCUCUUCUACUUGAGGUCAGUUGGGCCUCUGUAACACAUGGGACAACUGUGAUCCUCAGUGACUGGCCUGGGAUAGAAGGGCUCAGGUGGACUUUAAGCUACCCUAGAACUGGAAUCAGAGCCUGAAAGUCCUUUAGUGCCCCCUGCAGAUCUGUUAGAGCCACUGAGUCACUACGAGUGGACUUUUCGAGAUCAUGGCAGGAAAAAAUUAAUUCCACCUCCGGAGGUGAUGGAAAAGUUUUGCGAACAGAGAAACAACCCUGUAUUUCUGGAAUGCAGGAUCCCAAUAAUGACAGAUGACAUGGCCAGAAAUGCGCUCCUCAGCUUUGUCAAUUCCAAAUGUUGCUAUGGCAACAGAGCUGCAGGAGAGCUUGUCAUUCAGGAACUGAAGCCGCAAACAUUGUACAGGUAUCGACUGGAAACGUUUACUGAAACAAGAUUAUGUGAAUGGAAUUUUGAACCUUAUACCAAUGCUUUGGUAGAUGGACCACAAAAUGGUACAUCUCCUCAACCAUGGGAUAUUAGAGUUCAAGUUCCACAGAUGUUUAAGGAAGAUACAAAAAAGUUUCGUGUACCUCACUCUUCUUUAGUAAAGGAAUGCCAUAAGUGUCAUGGCCGUGGCCGAUACAAAUGUAGUGGGUGCCAUGGUGCAGGCAGAAUGAGGUGUGUUACAUGCAGUGGAGCCAGACAUAAAGCAAAAGCAAAACAUCUGAAACAUCAGAAGCGGUGUCAGAUGUGUUCAGGUAGUGGCCGCAAGAGUCCCAACUUCAAUUUUACAUCUAAAAGGUGCAGUACUUGUUCUGGAAGAGGCAGCAAAACCUGUACAACCUGCCAAGGAGAGAAAAAGUUGCUACACUUCAUCCAGCUAAUAAUAAUGUGGAAAAACAAUGUAUAUGAAUUCAUUUAUGAUAAUCAGUUAAACUUUCCAAGAGAACUACUCAAUAAAGUCACAGGAGAUAACAUAUUUAAAGAUGAAAACAUGGUGGUGUAUCCCCUUCCUGAUUUCCCUUAUCCUGAGAUCUCUCUGGCAUCACAAAGAGCUAUUGCAGAGCAUAAUGCCACGUUCACCAGCACAUCCCGCAUUCUACAACAGCGACAGACCCUAGAGCUAAUUCCGGUCACUGAAGUCUACUACCAAUAUGCAGAGGAGACAUACGUUUAUUAUGUCUAUGGAAUGGAGAACAAGGCACAUGUCCUGGACUACCCAGAGAGGUACUGCUGUGGCUGUACCAUCAUCUGACAGUGGGACAUUUUGCAAGGAUGAUUCCUAGUACAAAGCAAGCUAUUAUUCUGGCUAAAUUAUCCAUGGGUAUCUGUGGGUAGAAAUGAAUCUACCCAUUUACCAUGUCUAGCCCUAUGUUAUUUUGCUUGCUCACAGUGGGCAUCAGAAGACAGUAGUGAUCAUAGCCUUCCCAUUGUACUUACACUGCAGUUUCAGCCAUUCUUAUUGUACCUCUUUGGAUCUAAGCAUCUAAUAAAUCUAUUGUCUAGGAAGAGCUGUUGUAGAGGAAAAAGUGAUGGAACAGGAAAAACUCCAGAAACAUUUGCAGUAAACUAAGGAGAUGAAAAAGCACUUACAUUGAAUACAGUGGGUAAGAACAUAAGAAGAGCCUGCUGGAUCAGGCCAAUGGCCCAUCUUGCCUUUGACAUAUUGCCUUUGACGGUGGAAUCAUCAUAGCUAGUAGCCAUUGACAGCCUUAUAGUAUUGGUGGCAUCCAAUUAAUUCAUACUUGGAGCAGAUCUAUUGAAAACAAUGGACUUAAGUUAGCCAAAACUAAGUUAAGUCCAUUGAUUUCAAUGAAUCUCUUCAGACUUAGUUGGAUGCCACUCUAUAAGAUGUUAGUAGAGUGUAGUACACUGGGUACAAUAUAUUUUUGUAUAAGAUUAUUGUGUCUAAUCACUAUUUGUCAGCUUUCCUUUUGCUAUGUUUUAAGCCCCACUAGAUUAAGGGAUGGGCCACAGUAUUAGGCAGAAUGGAAGCAUCAUGAGAUCUACAUGCAUGUAGUUUCAAACAGUUUUCAUGGAAAGUGGGAUCUAGGUAGAUAACAGUAUGUUUUUCAGGAAACACUAUGUUCAGCAGGCUGGAUCUUGGAAAUCCUGUUUAAGCGCUGUUCGCUCAUAUACUUAUGCAUAAAAAUGGUUUCCACUUAGUAAGCACAUGGACAAUGAGGAGCAAUUCAAGAAAUCACCAAAGUAAUCCAUAUGCACUGAGAAGUUCCUUUCAUGGGUCACAAAGUUGCUUCACAACACUCCCUUCUUGUAUUUUGUAUACAUUUGUAAUGUGUGAAUCCAUCUUAUCUUGCUUACCCACCUUAUCUUGUUUAUGAUAUACAGGAAAAUAAU